AUCACCUACCUCACCUUACCCCAUAAAGAACCGUUUCUUGCUUCCUCCUGACCACCUACCUAAUUGCCUUGCUCUUUGAUCCUCCGAAUCGUCAUCUCCUCGCCCCCUCUUCGUCCAGCUUGCUAUUCAGUUCUCCGAGACGGACGGAUACCCACCAUUUCCCGACAGCCUCGUCCUCCUAGGCUCGUUGCACAUGAGGCGGCCCUCUUGCCAUCAUGGGCGUCUCUGUCAUCCAGGAACAACAUGACGUCAUUGUCAACACCAUCAAGAAUAUCACCCAAGGCGACUGGAAAGUCUUGGUUGUCGACGAGACCUCCAAGAAGAUUAUAGACAAUGUCGCCAGCGAAGAUGACAUCCUCAACCUGAAUGUGGCCAAUAUCGAGUUCAUCGAGAAGAGGAGGGACAUGAACCCUGGCAUGGACGCCAUUUACUUCCUGUCCCCACAACCGCACAUCAUCGAUUGUUUGAUGUCCGACUUCGAUCGCCGCCGCUACAGGAAAGCCUUUCUCGUCUGGGUCUCCAUACUGGACCCGAAAUUGCGCCACCGCAUAUACCAGUCGCCUGCGGCCCAGAACACCAUCGCUAGCUUCGACACUCUGGCCGUUGACUUCUUCCCUCGUGAAUCGCACCUCGUUACCUUCCGGGAUCCCUGGAGCUUUCCGAUACUCUAUCACCCCGGCUGCAAUGACCUGAUUCGAGAUCAUAUGCAGACAUUGGCUCAAAGGAUUACUGCCGUCUGUGUCACCCUCGGCGAGUAUCCCAAGGUGCGCUACUACCGACCGAAAAACCCCAUCCACGAGGCCGCCGUCAUGUGCUCGCAUCUGGCACGAUUCGUUCAGGAGGAACUCGAUACCUACGCGCAGUGGAACAAGGACUUCCCCCCGCAAACCUCCCGUCCCCAGGGCACACUCGUCAUCACAGACAGGUCUAUGGACCUGACGGCGCCCUUCGUCCACGAGUUUACCUACCAGGCCAUGGCGCAUGAUCUUCUCCCCAUCCGGGAGGGCGAAAAGAUCAUGUAUCGUACCGUUAUCGACAAGGGCGGUCCUGCAGAAGAAGAGGUGGACUAUGAACUAACCGACAAGGACAAGGUGUGGGUGGAAAACAGACACCGACAUAUGAAGGACACUAUCGAGAAGCUCAUGACCGAUUUCCGAAAAUUCCUUGAGGCCCAUCCUCAUUUCGUCGACCAGCAAGGCGGCCAAAACAGCGUGAAUAGCCUGAGAGAGAUGAUGGGCGGGCUGAAGGAGUUUGGCGAGAUGAAGGCAGCCUAUUCCCUGCAUAUGAGCAUGGCGCAGGAUGCGAUGAAUCUCUUCGAGCGCCAUAAGCUGUCGGACGUGGCCUUGGCAGAACAGAGCUUGGCUACGGGACUGGACGAGGAGAACAGGAGACCGAGGAACAUCUUGGAGGAGGUUGUCAAACUGCUGGACGACGAGGCCAUCAGCCCCGGGGACAGGUUGCGGCUCAUCGUCCUGUAUAUCCUCUACCGCGGUGGCGUCGUUGCGGAGGACGUCAAACGGCUCCUGGCACACGCUCAGCUGCCGCAGGAGGAUACCGAAGUAAUACGCAGUCUCGAACUCCUGGGUGGUCGGGUACAUCACGCGCUCAAAGAACCCCGACAACCCCAACCCUCCGUCUUCCCCAAGAACCCGAAACCAGCGCAGGUCAACGAAGAGUACGCCCUCUCCCGGUUCGAACCCGCCGUCCAAUCCCUCGUCGAAGACCUCGCCAGCGGCACCCUCGACCAGACCACCUUCCCUUACGUCAAGCCGCCGAUCGACCCCAACGAAGACUACCAAGCCGCCCAGCAGGGUUCCCUGCGCGCGGGCCGCCCCAACUGGGCCGCCGCCGGCCGGCGGCCCGUGGACACGAACCGCCAGCGCUUCGUCAUCUUCAUGGCCGGCGGCGCCACCUUCGGCGAGAGCCGCGCCUGCUACGACGUCGGCGCCGCCCGCGAUAAGGACGUCUUCCUCACCACCUCCCACAUGGUCCCCCCGCCGUUAUUCGUCCGCCAACUGCGCGACCUGGCCCGCGACCCGCGCCGUCUGGAUCUCCCCGCGCAUCGCCCCAAGCCCCGUGCGCCCGACUGGGUGCAUGAACGUCCCGCUCCGCCUCCCAUGGCCGCCCCCUCCGGCCAGAGACCGCGCAUCGUCCCGGGCGGUAGCAGUGGUGGCGGCCUCCCACCCCGCCCCGUGGCCGCCCCGCCGACGGGGCAGAUGGGCAGUUUGUCGCUCGGAGACGCGCGCCCACCACCACCACCACAGCAGCAGCAGCAGCCGGGCAUCGUGGCCAACAGUGGCGCGUCGUCGCAAUCUCCAGCCCCGUCUCCGGCCCCUGGGCCACACAAGCUCGAGAAGAAGAAACGGAACCUCUUUGGAAUGAAGAAGUCCAAGGGUUAGGGUUGCAGAAAAGGCCGCGUAGCAGGGUUCCGGGCACUUGAUCGUGUUGGUGGUCCCUUACACAGUUUUGGUCUUUUUGUCUCUGUUCUCCUUUUUUGUUCUUCCAAGGCAAGCACGGCAUGUUCAGCAGGUUGUUGUAUAGUCGGUCGAAGCAAAAAAAAAACACCCACACAUUAACUGCCCUGCUUCAAAUUUCUUACCGAGCAACGGAACCCCGAGUGACGAGGAGAUCGUGGGUUCCUGGUGUUGGCGUUUUUUAGUUGUUGUUGUCCCCCCUCCUUUAGCGUGGCGUCUCGGGGCGUUCAAACUGCCAGCUAGCUACUACCUAGGUCGGGUGAUCACAAUGGUCAAGGGAAAAAAAUAUACAAGUCUUACAUCCCAAGGUGCCAUCAUCAUGGAAUGCCGAGACAUAUAAAUCAAAGUGUGUAUGGAAGG